AUGACGGUAUUAUCAGCUGUGGCAGAAGCAGUGAUGUCGCAUGAAGCAGGAGGAGUACCGAUACUUGUUGGAUUUGUGAGUACAUGUUUACUUGGAUCAGCAUUAUUGGAAUGGAUAUUAUCAGUAGUCUUUGUUCGACAGCCCCCGACAACUGUGGCUCUGUUCUGCUAUGGAAUGUUUUUGAGUUACAUAUGUGAAUCAUUUUCAUUAGGUACAUUGGCUGAAGGAGUACGUAUUGUUGAGAGGACAGAUCCGAACGUUAUAUUUUAUAUAUUACUACCUAUUUUUUUAUAUGAAUCUUCAGCUACAUUAAACUUUCAUGUUUUUAGUAGAAAUCUCCCAUCAGCUUUACUUUUAGCUGGCCCAGGAGCGAUUUUAACGAUGGUAUUACUGGCUUUUGCAGUUAAGUUUAUCACAAGUAUGAACUUUGUUUUAUGUUUCCUAGUCAGUUCUGUGCUUUCAGCAACUGACCCUGUGGCAGUAAUUGCUUCUCUUCAUCAGCUGAAUGCACCUGAAAAGCUAGCUUCCGUUGUAGAUGGUGAGUCAUUGCUAAAUGAUGGUGCGGCUGUAGUUUUCUUCGAAGUUUUUAGAGAAGUUAUAAUUUCUGGUAUGUCGUCUUAUAGUCAUUAUGUUUGGACAUUUAUUAGAUUAGCAAUCGGAGGACCUGCUGUUGGUGUUAUAUUUGGAUUCCUAAUUUCUGUUUGGUUAAGAGCUGCUCAAGCACUUGGUGGAGUACAGGUAAUUGGCGUUACAGCUUCUGUAUACUUUGUCUUCUUCAUUGCUGAUGAGCUCCGCACCUCUGGAGUACUUGCUACUGUAGUUUUUGGACUUUUUAUGUCAGCUUGGGGUCCAACAUGCUUCAGACCAAAGGCUCAAGAAUCACACUUCCAUUUUGUAAAAAUUUUUGCUCAUUUGGCAAACCAUCUUAUUUUUGUCUUAUCAGGAGUUGUAAGUAUGAGAAUCUUCAGACCUUACUGGUCGGAUGGAAGAAUGUGGCUUAACUUAAUAUUGGUUUAUAUUGCUAUGAACAUUGUCAGAGGAAUUAUGGUUGCAACUUUAUUACCUUUAUUAAAUAAGGUUGGAUCAGAUUUAUCUUUUAAAGAAGCUGUGAUUCUUAUAUAUGGAGGUUUAAGAGGUGGAGUUUCUAUGGCCUUAGCUAUGGUUUUUGAAGGAGACUCCUCUGUAACAGACUCUAUUAGAUCUCAAGUAGCAUUUUAUGUCGCUGGCGCAGUUUCCUUAUCUCUUUUAGUUAAUGGGACUACUGUAGAGACACUUUAUAAGAAGCUGAAGAUCUAUACCGUUCAGAAUUUCAGAAGAGCCUUUUUGCUCAAAGUUAUGGAGGGGAUAGAUGAUGAAUAUAUGAAAGCUUUUGAGGAGCUUAAAUGUCAUUGGCUUUUUGGUAAUCACACAAAUGCUUUAGAUGCAGCAAAUUUACUGGUUCCAAGACUUAAAGAUGGUUAUUUGGAUUUUUAUGGCGAUUUACACAUAUUAUUAACUCCCCCUCCGCAUGUGUUUGCAAGAUUGCAUGUAAAAGGUAUCGAGUCACAAGUGGAAGAUUAUUCAAAAUAUCGUAGUAUGGCAGUAGAUGAUGUUGAACAUGGGGAUGAUGAAUUUAAUCAUUUGAAUAGUAUGGGUGGUAGCAUAGGAAGAGAAAGGUCUAGAUCAGCUUUGGUUGGUGUGGAUGGUUUAGAUAUUGAUGAGAGAUGCUGGAACAUUAUUGCAACAUCAGUAAAGAUGGCAAAGAGUCAGCCAUCUGUGGAUUCUAGUGCAAGAGGAAGUCUUCUCCCUUCAUUGGAAGAACAUAACAAUGCACUGGGCGAACCUGACGAAAAUGCGUCCAUUAUUAGCUUUAAGAAUAAGAGAAAGUUAGAAAGUAGCACAAUUCAAGAGAUUGAAAAUUCUGGUUCAGGUAGUGGUGAAUGUUCAGCCUUGCUUGGAGGUAGCAGUACAAUUAUUAAAGAGGAAAGAUCGCUUUCUGAGUCUGCUCCUUUGGUCAAAUCAGAACAGGAAGAUGAAAUUACACAGAAUAAGAGACAUACAUACGAUGACGCAACUCAAGUUAAUGCAGUUCCAGAGAAAAUAUUGGGUUACACAGAAACUGAUGAGAAUAAAGGUAGAAGUCCCACAUUUGCUCCUUUACUUAUGGCCACAGGAUCUUUACAUACUUUUGCAGAACAGGAGCUUUUAGUGUGUAAUAUGGUUUUCAAUACUUGCUGGCAAAGCUAUGACUUAAUGUUUCGUAAACAUGUUAUUUCUGGUACAUCACUUUUAACUUUAAAAAAGGCAAUAAACAAGGCAAAUCAUGCAAGUCCUGAAGAAAAGACUAGCCCAUUUACUGUUGAGUGGGAAUCAAUUAGAAGCGACUUAAGGUCAACAAAGAGACCUAGUUUCAUUUUUAACAUGUGGCAGUCAGACUUUGAAAAGAUUCUCCAUGAUAUGGAGGUUUUGUUUGCUUUUAUAAAUGCUAACAAAGAUCUUAUGAAGGCAGGUGGAUUUGAGGUAGAAUGUCUUUUGGGUGCUUCUUUAUUGGAUUCAUACAAAAGACGUAUGAUUCAGGCUAAACAGGAACUGCAAAGAUUGCGCGACCAAUUUACUAAUUACUAUGUUCUAGGUCUUGCAAUUAUUGCCACUAAUAUGCUUCUCAAUGUCAAAGAACAGAUUGUUUCGGUUGAAGUUUCUAGAGGUGUACUUUUAGAAGAAGACGAAGAGAAAAUUACUGAUAUACUUGAACAACAAAGAUUGGCUCUUGAUGCAUUUAUUUCUCAAGGUGCUGAGACCCAAUCAAUUUAA